AUGGUCUACGAUUCAUCGAUCGCGCAGCGUCAGAUGAUGCAGGGCAUUCAAAACCCCAAAGCGAUACAGGAGGAGCUACGCCCAUACUACGAUGGAACCCUCUUCGGGAGACGCGGUCCUGCUCACCUGUUGGCAAACGACCCUGCGGUCGAGGAGCUCUGCGUCAUGUGCAACCAGAACGGCGAUAUCCAAUGCGAGUGUUGCAAGGCCACAUACUGCUCGACCAACUGCCGAGACACCGACUGGCCGCUUCAUGACCUCAUAUGCAAGCAGCUAGCUACCACCUGCGCGAAUUCCAAGCGUCCCGAGGGCCACAUCCGAUACUUUCUUUUCCCGACCAAGGGUAAAAAGCCGAAGUUGGUGUGGAUCAAGAACGACGAUGAUAUUGCAGAGACCGCCGUGCUGCGGGCCGAUACAGAUUUCACCCCUCGAGGCGCCUUCUGCGACAUGAUCAACGUGAACGCAAGCAUGCCGCGGCGCCGCAUCGGUAAAGUCUUGAUUUGCAAGAUGUUGGAUCGCAUCAAGCGUUCCGGCACGAACCUACCGAUCAACGAGUCCAUGAUUCGUCUAUCUUCCCUGGGACAGGCACGUGUCGAGCACGGCCCAGUCCUCGUGAAGGCCUACGUCUACUCCCGACUCAGCCCCCUUGACCCCCGGCGCAGCGACAGAGAAGACAGAGACGUGACCGCUCGCGACUUCCGUACAGUGGUCGACUUUUUCCGCACCAUGAAGGCGAAUCCCUGCGUGGUCGACAUCGAGCGUUUUCCACGAACGCAUUACAACUGUGACAUCUGGCCCGCGGUCAAACUCAACUGCCGAGAAGACUCCGUCAGAUUCCGUCCCUUCGCGGAACUCGUGGACCAAACAGAGGAUUCCGCAAGCCUAAUCAUCGAGAGGGUUCGCGUACCUUCGGUGUCGCUCUUCAGCCCUCGGCGACCGGUGCUCCGCGCAAAGCAUCUCAGCCUCAAUUGGAUCUACGAGCUGUGCUCGACCAAUGUGGAUAUCCAGCCAGCAUCGGGGGUAAUCCAGAAUGACAUCUUCGCAGCUGCCAUCAGCCCGGUAAUGGACUCUGUACCCGCCCCUUCCAACCCUGGUUCCUUCAUGAUCAUACACGAACGCGUUGUCGCGCUCGACUGCCUCCAUGUCUUUAGGCUUGCAAGAUUCCUUGCCUACAACGACCGCACUCUCCACAUUCCAGUUUCUACCCUCACCAGGGCGGACUUCGAGCGAUUUUGGAACACCCGCGAAAUUACUGUUCCAUCCGGCGUACCUUCCCCAUACUCGCUCGAGGACGGACACUGA